GAAGGAUUUGGCUUCAAAUUAGUCCUGCAACUGGAAUUGACUUCCAGCCAUAUUGUUCAGACAUCAUUUGUUGACGCAGGCAUCAAGUUGUAUAUUUCAGAUAUUGCCGUCUGCUUAAAAUCACAGGGAGGAGGAUGCUGUGUGAGUCUUGGUACUAUUGACGGCAUAUAUAUCAUAGCGCACGGAACUUGCUGGUUGAAAUUCCCAAGUUGCUGCCACAGACCAACCUGUAAUCCCUCUAAUCGCUUGAAACAUUUGAAUAAAACAGGAAUUGAGGAAAUACGAAACCAGAUUAUAUCCAAUUCAAGUCACAGGGAACUUGUUGAUUGCCAAAACAGUCCAAUUCCAGUCACAGGGACAUUGUUGUCUGUUUUAUAUCAUGUAGAAGGUACUAUGGAAUUCAAGGAUUUGUUGCCUUCACCAAAACAUCAAUCAAUUGUCCUCUCUGAAAACUAAUUAGGAAGCCAAUGUUUGAUAGUCUGUUGGUUCUCAAGAUGGAGUUAAAGACGAUUCUCAUAGCAAUAUUGAUGGGCCUGCUACAGACCCCGAGACAUUCAGUACAGAAUUCUAUAGAAUAUGGUGCCAAAUUCAUCAAUUUCAACAACACGUUUCAUGAAGUUCAACCUAAUUCCGCUUUCAAGUGCCCAGAACAGUAUUUCAUUUGGAACAUUGACAUCACAUUUCUGUCCAUGAAUCUCACGAAAAGCUUCGCAUGGAAUUUGACGUCCUCUUAUAGUUUUAACGACACCACGCUGAAAUGGAUGUCGAAGCCGGAACCAUGCGACUCCAUACGUCAUUGUCUCGGCUACCAGUCCUGCUUAUUCAAAUUCGGCAACGAGUUGUGCCAGAAGGAUCCACUGCCGCAGCAGAGAAAAGUUCUGCAGGUGAACUACACCUGUGCUACCGAUGAUCUCUACUCCCAAAAAUUCCUGCCGUUUUUGUCGCAGCACUCUGGGAGUCCAAAGUUGCGUAAUCAACACAGUUUGUUCAUGAAUGCACGAACUUUGCCAGAUGAAGACAUUUUGAAUGGAGACUAUGCAAAAGCGAAUAUCGCGUUCAAUGUCAUCAAUGAGGAAGACGUGUUCAUGAUCGAGUGUCCCCCGGCAGCUGAGGCUAGAAAUCUUGGUUUCUAUGGUAACUGUAGUUUGGAUCCUCCAGCAAGUAAGGAUGUUGCUGAAGAUUUGUGGAAAGUGCUAGGAAGAGUUGAAACUCCCCAAUGCCGACGUGAAAUUCUGGAUGAAUACUGCGCUCAUAAGUACAACAAGCAUGGCGAUUGUAUCCCUCCAUUUUUUGUCGAAAAGAGAAACUCCAGCAAGCCGCCAUUUUCCUUCAACAGUCUUCCAAAGAAUGGUUUCCGUCCAGAUACUGCAAAUUAUGUCAAAGUUCACCGGGAUCCUCACAUGAGCCUGAUUCCUGCCAAAAUGGGGUUUUUCCUUCUCGUACAUGCCAAUGCAGAAGCAGUCUUCCAACUUGUUGACCAGAUAUACCGUCCACACCAUUUCUACGUCAUUCACGUCGAUAAAAGAUCUACACAAUUCCGAAAGAAAAUUGGAAAUUACAUUAAAGAAGUUCACAAGAAUGCCAAGAAUAUCAGAGUUAUUCCGAUUGAAAGGUCAUUUUCAACGUCUUGGGGUUCAUUUCAAAUACUAAGAGCUGAGCUGGAGUGCUAUGAAGAACUGCUGCGGAUGGGCAUCUGGGAUUUCAUCGUCAAUUUGAGCGGUUCUGACCUGGCCCUCAGAGAUGUGGACGACCUUGCUGCGGCUCUCGCACCACACAGAGCUGCAAAUUUGCUUCGGUUGAAUAAACCUAUCUGGUUUGUCUUGGAUAAGCCAUCCAGAUAUGCUUGGUACAGUUGUGGUGCACAUGUUUAUAACUCCUCUGCUAGGGAACAGAAAUAUCCUCAAGUUUCAGGCAGUUCUCAAUUCAAGAUAAUCAGUAGGGAUUUUGCCACUUUUCUUGUGUCAAAUGAUAGAGGUGAUAAGAUCAACGCGAUGACCCAUUACCUGCAGACCUCCAUUAUCCCCGAUGAGAGUUACAUAGCGACAAUACUGCAGCAUUCUCGAUUCAAGUCCACACUUCUGUUAAGCAGCACAACACUGCUGAAACCAUUUGAGGGGGAGACUGCUAAUAAACUAUGCAAACAUUCAGAUGACGUGGACCUAUGUGGAAGUGGACCAGGAACCAUCGUUCCACACGACUUCCCCAAGGUGCAGUACGAAACGAAUCAUUUCUACUUCGCCAGGAAGUUUAGUCCUAAUCAUGAAGACCGCACCAGACUUGAGGUCAUUAAGUGGGCUUUAGAUGGCUACUAUCAUGAAGUCAGCAAUAUACUGCCAAGGAACAUGAUAGGGCAAAUGGGUGAACUGGUGAUUGAGAAACUGCUUGCAGAAAGGGGUGAAAGCUAUCUGAUAGAACACAUAAAGUUUGCGAUGUUUAGGAAACUGGCACCAUCUGAUCCAUGCUGCGAACAUCCCCAUGCCAUGGGCAAGAAAACUGUCGAUGAAUUUGGAUACUGGCUUGAUAUGGAUGUGGUCAGCAGCACCAAGGGGAAGCCAGAGAAGAAGAAACAACUGCGGGCGUCACUUGAUAUGGUGAAACCAUCGUCAUGUUACCCUGGAGGACAUCUACGCAUGCUCAAUGUCAACACCAGGCCUGACAUCAUGCAUCCUGAGGGACCAGAUGGGCCACCUUGCUUGUUUCAUAACUUCCCUGUGCCUGUCCAGCCAUCUGGGGGCGUCUUCAUGUGGGUGAACAUCUACUUUCACAUCAGCCCUUCUUCAAAGGCUUGUACAGAUACGGAAAAGAUAAACAAUGCAGACAACAGAAAAUACUUCAGCUUCCCAGUCGGAAGUUUGAAUCGAACCUUUUCACCAGACGGUUACCCAUUUAUUAUUGGAAGCGCCAAUCCAACUGAGUCAUCAUCUAAUAUUCUCAGGCUGUUCAUCACUGUGAUGGAUCCAAAGGGGAAGGUUCAUUGCUGGAAGGAUGCUGUCAUGGACUUGAGCAAGUUGAAGAUUUCGGAAGAUGAAAACUCCACGAUGCACACUAGCAUUUUACACUGUGAUCCUUUCUAUGAAGGCCUCUGGACUGUCAAAGUGCGAGAUCUGAAGGAAGACCGUCCCUUUAACUACAAGAUGUCAGUUUAUCUCUAUGAUGAACAGAAGGAAGGAGGGAUUCCAUAUGAUAUUGUGAAGACAUUUUGGACAGUCACCGACGUCAUGUUUCUGCCUGCAACUGAUUACUAUAGCGACAAAAGCUCUGAAAAACCAACAAAAUCCAAAAAUGUAAAAAGUAAAGGCAAAAAGAAAACAAGCAACAGCAAACCUAUAGCAUCGAACACAAGUGAUGGUAAAUCGAAGAUGAAAAAUGUUGGUGGAAAACAGGGAACUCCUAAUUCUCCUAGGAAGGGAAAGGUGCCACCAAAGGGGACAGCUUCUGAUAGGCAACAUGGGCCUGAACAGGAGGAUGUUCCCCAUGAAGAUAUUCCCGAUGAUACUAAAACUGGGUGGGGCCUGCCCCAUUGGAACCUGGCCACAUUUAAAAGACUUAUGGCCAAGAUUGGCCUGAAGAACAGUGAAUGCAUGAAAUCUGACUCCAAACACAUGAAAGAGCUUGUCAAAAGAAGCAAUGAAUUUCGUGAUGCCAUUUAUGGGGUGGUACGCAAUAAAGAGACGUAUCAUCAUCUUAUCAACGGAGCAGUGUAUGCUUAUGCAUAUGCCAGGGAGUAUUUUGGAGGAUUCGGGGACAGCUCUUGGGGAAAGCCUGGUGAUCAACGGGGGAAUAAGGCCACUAAAGAUGGGAUUGAAAAUUUUCUCCAACAUCCUCACAUUGUUGAUUUCUUGAAACGAAAUGGGGAUGGUUUAAAAGGUAUUGCAAUGAAAUAUUUUGGUGAAAAUGAAAUGAUGAAAAAUAUCAUUGGUCGUAUUCCAAAUGAAAAUCUUGGUGAACUUGCUCUGAAACUUUUUCAUGAAAAUAAGAAUAAAUUAAAAAGUGCUCUGUAUAAUGCCCUUGGUGAUAAACAAAUAUUAGUCAAGGAAAUGUUGGAUGAAUUUUUAAAAGAUGAAAAUGGACAACUCUUUGAACAAAUUUUAAAAAACAAGAAUAUGAGGGGCUACUUGAUGAAAUUUCUCAAAGAUGGAAACCUAGAUAACCUGGCCAAUGAUUUCAAGAAUUCUAAAGAUCUAACACUGCUAAAUGUUAUCUUGUCUGAUAAAUUAAAAGAUGGCGGGGGACUUGGGGACUUGAUUGGCAGGUUUAAGGGAAUUAUUGGUAAGGAGUCUGAUGAAAAGUCUGCCAAGCAGCAGAGUGAGGGGACGAGGAUCAAAGAGAGAAGCAGAGUAAUUGGAAAAGAUGGCAAGAAAAUGAUGACUGAGAAAAGAGAAAAUGCUGCUGAUAAGGUCCAACCAACCAAGACACACAUUGUGUCGGCCACAAAAGUCCAAGAUGCCCUGAUAGCCUUUGGUUUCCUUGAAGAGGCCGACAGACAAAAUUAUGUCCUGGAUGAGCCUGUUCAAGCUGUGACCAACUGUGCCAUAGCAUUGAUUCUGCAGACUCAAUCUCUACUCAGUGAUGAUGAGGCACUUGGGCAAGUUAUCGACUACAUUCUUGAGGUUUCGGAUAUCAGGGUGGAUGAACUUCAAAAGUGGCUUCGUCAGAAGGAAGGAUUGAGGAGAGAUGUGGAGGAUGUUGUUACAGAUGUGAUUGGGAAUGAUGAUUUGCGUGACCGUUUCAUGAAAAUCUUUCCGAUUCGACGAUUUGGUGAGAAUUUCAGGACGUUCACAGAAACAGGUGGUAAGGGGCAUAAUACCGACAGUAUCUUGAUGUCUGUAUUUACUAGUCUGCAGAAGUUCUCGCAGGUGAUUCGUAAUGUCAGAGAUAUCGAACAGCUUGGUGUGCAGACGUUUGAGUUCUUGAAAGGCUUGAAGUUGAUAUUUGAGGAAUUCGUGUAUGAAGUUCUUACACAGGAGCAACUCUUGACUUUUAAAGUUGCUGAUAAAAAAAAAUUUAAAUCAGAAAACAGUGUCAAAGAUAGGAAUAGGAUUGAAGCGCACGUUGAAAACAUUAUGAGAAACUAUUUGCAAGUGCUGUAUGGUUUUGAACAAAGUUUGUACGAACUUGAAAAUAUAGGAAAAGGAGAUGGAGAGGAAAGACAGGAUGCUGAUGAUGGUAAUGACCAUAAUGUGGAAAUAUCUGCACCUUCCAUGAUCAUGACAGGAGUAAGUGGGGAACAAGAACAGGACUUUACUAAGACCACUGAUUUUGAUUGGAUCUCUGUGGGGGAGGGGGAGUUUGAAGACAAGAAUAGCAGAGACUUGCAUGAUGAAACUGACUUAGAGUUAGAAAAUAUUGAAAACUUUGGGAGACCUAGAAGAAGUGAGGAACUGGAUAGUGAUGAAAUGAAUAGUGAGGAAUUUGAUCACGAGGAAAUGAAUAGUGAAAAACACGAUGGAACUGAUGGGAAUUUCGAUGAAAUACAUGCGGGUAGUCACGAAGACAUUAGUGAUUAUGAACGUGAUGGUAUCCAUGGUAACGGGGACCAUAACAAUUACCAUAGUAACCAGGAAGAAUUGGAAAGUACAUCAGGUGACUUGACAGAACCUCUUCCAGAUAAAGUUCUUGAAGACAGUAAUCCGGCGGACACAGUGCAGGAGACAAAUGGACUCCCUUUCCAACUUGACGAUCGAUUAAAGUCGGCCAUAUUGGGAUAUUAUGAGAUGUACAGCAAAACAUGCAGCAUGGGCGACUGUGUACAACUCUGCUGGUUGUGUAUGAAAAGUAAUCCUGGAUUUACUACGUUGAAGGCCAUCGUUAGUCUCAUUGCUGGAGUUGGUAUCCUCAUAUCUAUCAUGUCCUUAUGGAUCGUCGGAAAGAACGGUUCGAGUUCUCCAGUGAUUGUGUGGCUGUUAUCAAGUGUCUCCCUCCUGUCCUCCUCUAUCCUGUUUGUCAUGAUAUACGUCUUAUCAAAUACUGGUACUCGACUGGAGAAAGAGGAACUUUAAUGACUCUGUCACUUGAGCAUUCUGAAAUCCUUAAAUAUUGAGUUGAGAGCGAAGUGUCAACAAGGACAAUACCUCCGUUACCUCUAUUAAAAAUACACAAAUGUCGGACAGCGUCAUGUAAUCUUUGAGGAAGACAACUGGAGACCCUUGAGGAAAAACAAUCUCGCUGUGAGAGUAGCCUGCUUUAUCAAAUGAAAUGUGAUUCAACCAGAGAUCUACCUAUCACAACAUGUUUAGUGGUGGCAGGCACCAACGUCGAGGGCAAUCAAGAGUAGUCUUUGGUGAGAUCUUGUUGAAUAAAAUAUUUCAAAACGAUUCUGCUUCGUGUCAAUUUUAAUUGAAUGUGCAGUUCAGUAGAAACUCUCUAUUAUUAAGCCCCCCUCUUAGGAGGGGCUCUUAAGAUACACGUGUGUGCGGGAGUAUAUAGUGAAUGAUUAGAAAUAAAGAGAGUAACAAUUGUAUAUCCUACAAACAAUUUUUUUUGGUAUUUUUCUGAAUUAACUCCGUUGAGUUUACCGAUUUCUCCGCGAUCUUCCGGUGGUGGUUGCUAUCCCAUUGGUUGAAAUUAAGUUAAAUUAAAUUUAAAUCUUCAUGGGAAUUCGCUACAUCAUAUGCCUAAGAAAUUGGCCAAUUAUAUUAAUAUUUUUAUUAGAGAAAUAUCCGUCCUAAAUAAUGACAGAAAAGGGUGGUUUAUUUCAAUUUUGUGUCGACAUGGUCGAGGUCACGUGACAUAAAAACAAAACAAUCGCACACACCCGUCCAAAAAAGGCACUUUAAGAAAAAUAAAUACGUUUUUCCAGCUUAAAACCACACUGACGACUAAGUUAUAUUGGUCUACUGCCCAAAUCUGAAGUAUCAAAAUGAAUCACAAACUAGAACUAGCUCUAUUUAGCUAUAGUUGCGUGAAAAUUUCGGGUGAGCGACGUACAUUCUGUACCCUAGCGGCCAAUAAAUAAACUACUUUCAGCCGUCUGCUCCGGUCUCGUUAGGGAGUUUUUCCCAAAU